UGAUGAAGGUCUGUGGCAAGGUCUUUUUUGGUGUAUAUUGACAAUAAUUCAUGAACAUAGGUGCAACAUGCGACAGAUGGCCUGAACAUUCUUUCAUAAAUAACUUGCAUUUGUAUAAUAAUUCGCAACAAUAAAGAAGGAUGCUGUAUUGGAAAGAAAUCUUAGCCGUUUUGCUUUGCUAUCAGCUGAAUUACGCUGAAGGCUACUGCAAAAGAAAGGCCAAUAGAAGACCGCAUAUUGUACUAGUCGUUUCUGAUGAUCAAGGUUGGAAUGAUGUCAGCUGGCACAACCCUGAAGUUUUAACUCCAAAUAUGGACAAACUUGCAAAACGAGGUGUUAGACUAGAAAAUCAUUAUGUACAUCCACAGUGUACACCAUCCCGUGGUGCAAUUCUAACAGGAAAGUACUCACACAGACUUGGAUUACAGUUUGCUGCAAUUUUCCCAAACGAGGCUAAAUUUCUGCAAGCAUCUGCUACGUUGCUACCAGAAAAGUUGAAGGAACUUGGAUAUGUAACACAUAUGGCAGGGAAGUGGCAUCUUGGAGAUUGUAAUAAGAAUCUUCUUCCAACCUCAAGAGGGUUUGAUUCGUUUACUGGUCUUUUAAGAGGAGCUGAAGAUUACUAUACAAGACGGACAUUUGGUGUUUAUGAUUUCUGGGAAAAUGGGACAGUUUAUACGCCACAAGAGGGUUCAUAUAUUACAGAUUUGUUCACACAACGAGCUGUAGAGAUAAUAGGAAAAAACAACCCAAAAACGUCGCCAUUGUUUUUAUACAUGCCGUAUACAACUCCACACUUUCCUCUCCAAGUACCAAAAAGGUUCAAAGACAUGUAUCCGAACGUAAAAAAUCCUGCAAGACGAGCAUAUCUAGGUAUGGUGUCUUCCCUGGACGAAGGUGUAGGUACUAUUGCAGAUGCUUUAGAGAAAAGUGGCCACAUGGAUAACACAGUCUUUAUUUUCCUAAGUGACAAUGGAGGUGACCCUAAUUUUGGUGGAAGUAACUUACCACUCAGAGGAAAUAAAGGAAGUUUGUGGGAAGGAGGGUCAAGGUCAAUAGGAUUUAUAUAUAGUCCUAGGUUUUUAAAUCAUAGAGGUUGUCUUCACAAAGGGUAA